AUGCGUUCUUUCUCCGGCAGCCUUGCCGCCUUUACGCUGUUCCAGCUCAACAGAGUCGAUGCCUUCUGGCGUAUGAACUGCUCGCCCAUCCAGAGCGGACGUGUCGAUCCUCUGGUCAAUCCUGGUGCUCUUGCUGCGCACAAUCACGCCAUUGUCGGAGCCGCCAGUAAGCUUUCCCUCUGCUGGAAAAAUGACUUGAGCUAAUUGUCUGAUGUAGACAUUGGUAUUAACGCCACGUACGAUUCUCUUCUCAACUCAGAAUGUACAUCUUGUGAAAUCUCUGGAGACAAGUCAGCUUACUGGACACCCACGCUGUACUACAACUAUGCAAAUGGAUCCUUCGUCGAAGUGCCGCACGCCGGAUCUGUUGUCUACUAUCUCGGACGUGGACCCAAUGUCAACUCAACGAUUCCUUUUCCAAAGGGUCUCAAUAUCCUGUCGGGAGACAAGUCAGCACGCAGCUAUGACAACACUACGUAUACUUGGGGCAAUGCCACGUAUCCCGGCCGUCCGGUUGCAGACCGCAUCAGCUUCAACUGUCUAGCAGAGGAGACACUCGUAGAACAGCCUUACAUGUUCCGAACCGACUGCCCGUACGGUCUGCGUGCUCAAGUCCAUUUCCAGAGCUGCUGGAACGGAAAGAACUUGUACCUAGCCGACAACAGCCACGUCGCGUACCAGAGCUCUAUUGAUAACGGUGUCUGCCCACCGACGCAUCCUAUCCAGCUUCCUCAUCUCUUCCUGGAGACUCUAUGGUCUGUUGCGAAUGUUCCGGGCCAGAACGACGGAGGUCGAUUUGUGUUUGCCCAGGGUGACCCAACCGGCUACGGAUUCCACGGUGACUUCCAAAACGGAUGGGAGGCCUCUACGCUUGCCAAUGCUGUCGAGAACUGUCUCUCCACCGACAACUUUGGCCAAAUCGAAGCUUGUCCGGUCCUCUACGCUCAACAAUCCGACGGGUACCCGUACAACUGCCCCCAGCGUCCACCACAGAUCGGAGAGCAGACAACUGGCCUGCUGUCCAAACUUCCUGGUUGUAUCGAGAUUACCGAGGGCCCAGGGGCAGCGCCAGCCGCUUCGAUGAACUGUCCUGCGAACUCUCCAACCCCAUCCGUCACUAGGACUGUCGACACAGUGGCACGCGCAACUCAAUUUGUUGCUGUCGGUUCGCGCUACGGUAUUUCAAACUCGCAAAUCGCUCUUGGCUGCUACAACGACAGUGCUGUGGACGCUGUCCGCACCCUGAACGCCGUCUCCAUCUCGAACUACUCGAUCAUGACGGUAGAAUACUGCCAGAACUACUGCAACUCCCGUGGCUACCGUCUGAGCGGUGUGGAAUACGGCCAGGAGUGCCAUUGUGACAACGCCAUCAAUCCCACUGCCGUCAACGGCUCUGAUGCAUGCUCCUGGAAUUGCGGAGGUACCAUGACCAAAGGUGGCACUCAGGAGGUCUGCGGUGGAUUGGGCUAUAUCAACAUCUUCAACAACACGGACCCAUCUUUCGUCGCCAACGGAAGCGAUACCAACAGCGCAGGCAACGUCUCGCCACCUGUCGCUCUGUCGCCUUUUCCAUCCAACUACGUCGGCUGCGCAACUGACCAACAAGGCGGCGGUCGUGCGCUGACGGGCCCGAACGUCGACUGGAUCAACAUGACCACCGCAGUCUGUGCUUCCUACUGCUCCAGCGCGUCUCCCCUCGGCUACCAAUACUACGCCACCGAGUACGGCACGCAAUGCUUCUGCGGCAACGCCAUCGCCACGCCCAACUUCCUCACCAACACCACGUCCACGCCCAACAACAGCACCUGCAACAUGCGCUGCUCCGGCGCCGGCGACGAGCUCUGCGGCGGCUCCAACGCCCUCUCCGUCUACCAGAACACCACCUACGUCGCGCCCAAGAUCAAGACCCCCAUCGGCAAAUUCCUCAGCAAGCAAUGCUACACCGACCCCAACACGAACGGGCGCGCCCUGACGGGUGCGUACAUGACCAGCCCGACGCUGACGGAGGACUCAUGCGUCAAGUACUGCCUGGGCAAGUAUUUCCACUACGCCGGCGUGGAAUACGGGAAUGAAUGCUAUUGCGGCAAUUCGAUCAAUGCGGCUUCGGGCGCGGUGAAGACGACGUGUCCCGUGGCGAAUAUGAUGCCCUGUGCGGGGAAUGGGCUGCAGUACUGUGGUGGGUCGGCGUUGUUGACGUUGUACUAUUCGUCGACUCUGUAG